AUGGACUCAGUGGGCGAAGAUGCAUAUGUGAAAUGGAUGGCACGAGAUCCUGCGGAAACCGAAAGGCUCAACUCCCAGCAUGAGUUCUUGAAGAAGACCAUUGGACACCUCCUGCAUCCGACCAUACAAUCCUCCAUGCCCGCCGAGCCCCGCAUCGCCGACAUAGCAACAGGUACCUGCAUCACGCUGCGAGAUCUUGCAUCGACCUUCCCACCCACCUGUCGCUUCGAUGGUUUCGACAUCUCCUCUGCUCAGUACCCGCCAGCAGCCGACUUACCAUCCAACAUCAAGCUCCACGUCGCGGACGCCAAAGCUGGUUUGCCUACCGAGUUCCAUUCCCAGUACGACGUGGUCAACAUCCGCUACCUGAUCGCAGCAAUGCACGAAGACGACUGGCCUGUUGUGUCGCAGAACAUGCUCAAGCUACUCAAACCAGGCGGCUGGCUCCAAUGGAUCGAACCAGAUCUCGGAUCCGCCUUCACCGCCCUUCGAGGCGACAUCAAUAUCCCUACCUCCAGCGCCGUCGAAGAAGCGGCAGACGCCAUUGGCCCCGCGGUCCGGCAGCAGAAGUACAGCUUCUUCACCACCGAGCUGGCAAACAUCAUGCAGGCUGAGGGUUACGAGAGCGUGACGCACGAAGUCGUGAGUACCGACCGGCUACCCGAGCUGCGAGCGGCGGGGUGGAACACUAUGCGAAGGCCUUACCAGCAGUUCUGGGAGGGUGUGGAGGCGGCGAAGGGUGAGAAGGGCAAGUCGAAGGAGUAUGUUGCAAAGAGGAUAGGAGAGAUUGCAGAGGUGGCGAAGGCUGGAGCUGUAUACUUCAGGUCUAAUAUCCAUGUCUUUCUAGCGCGGAAGUCGAUGGAGUAG